AUCGAUUUUGUUGAGCAUAAGCUAAGUUUAUUUGACAAUCAAGCAAAUUUUGAUCCUGAAUUUGAGAAAAAGCGUUGUAACUUGUUCGAUUGUUAUUUUAGGUGGGUUAUGUAUCAAAACGCAUGGUAAAUGAUAAAGCAAAAGGUGAACCGAAAAAUGGGCUAGCGAUCUCUCUACUAAAGCUGUAUUUUUUUUCAGACUUCUUUUUAUCAGAUGUUGGAUGGUCCAAUUAUGAUGGUCGUGUUGAGAUUCGUAACAAUCUCAGACAUAUUUCUCUUUUGACGUCAUUAAAGCACACACCGAAGGAAUUUACAUCAAUUUAG